GUGCAGCGCGAUAAGCGCGCGUGCAGGACAGGACUGAUGAGAUGAGAGGCCACCUCGCUGUCAAUCAUACGAUGUUUUGGCUGUCAAUCCAGUGUGACCACACCCUCAUGUCUGCUAUGACCACACCCUCACGUCCAAGAUGAAGUCGGUGGAGAAGCCGGUAGCACCACAAGACGGCCAGUAGUAACUAACUAAACUUAAACUUAACUCGCACGGUUUAUCUCAAGAAGUCUUGUAGCCUGUAAAUAACUUUAAAAUGGCCGAAGAAGUGUUAAUUACGAGUCCAGGCAAAAUAACGUCGCAUCUUACCUCAUCUCUGCUGGCAGUGGCUUUCCUCACCUCCUUUGGUAGCUCAAUGCUCUAUGGAUAUAACUUAGCUGUGGUCAACUCUCCUGCUGGGUACAUUAAAGAAUUCUAUAACCGUACAGUGGUAAGUCGUAAUGGAACUGGACUAAACGAGGAGGCCCUGACACUCAUGUAUUCUCUCACCGUUUCUGUGUUUGCGAUUGGAGGCCUGGUCGGCUCUUUGAUGGUGGGCACGCUGGUCACCAAAUUUGGAAGGAAAGGAACAGUGGUCAACUCCACUGUACUGGUGUUCUUAGCAGCGUCUCUCAUGGGGUUCAGCAGGAUCUGCGGCUCGCCCGAAAUGGUCAUCUUUGGUCGUUUUGUCACAGGAAUACAUUCAGGUAUCUCUCUUAGCGUGGUGCCCAUGUACCUGGGAGAGAUUGCUCCUAAAAACCUGAGAGGCUUCCUGGGGCUCAUGCCCAGCAUUUUCAUUUGCGCUGGGGUUUUCUCAGCUCAAGUCUUGGGCCUGCAUGAACUUCUGGGGAAGGAGGAGCACUGGCCACUGUUUCUUUCUCUUGUUGUUGUCCCUACCUUUAUCCAGCUGAUGCUGUUACCGUGGUUUCCAGAAAGUCCACGCUACCUGUUGAUUGAGAAGCACAAUGUUCAUGCCACUAUCACUGCCUUGAAAUGGUACAGAGCCAAAUGUAACAUCCAGGCAGAGAUAGAGGAGAUGCAGGAGGAGCAACGCUCUCUGUCCUCAGUGGAGACCGUGUCUGUCUGGCAACUGCUACUGGACCACACUGUUCGCUGGCAGGUCCUGUCUGUUGUGGUCAUCAACAUCGGUAUGCAGCUGUCUGGCAUUGAUGCGAUCUGGUUUUACACCAACGACAUCUUUGAGAACGCUGGAAUCCCCGCCCCUGAGAUCCAGUACACCACUGUAGGAACUGGAGCUAUAGAGAUCGUUGCAGGCCUCAUAGGGUGUUUCACCAUUGAGCGUCUUGGGCGAAGGCCAUUGAUAAUUGGAGGUUUUGGUGUCAUGGGAAUGUGUUGUGCUGGGAUAACACUGUCUCUCAUUCUUCAAACACAUGUGCCUUUCAUGAAAUAUGUGAGUGUGGGGUGUGUGGUUGGGAUAAUCGCUGGAUUCUGUAUCGGGCCAGCGGGUGUUCCGUUCCUGAUCACGGCUGAGCUCUUCAAGCAAUCCCAUCGUCCUGCCGCAUACACCGUGGGAGGGUCUCUUAACUGGAUGUCGAACUUCACCAUCGGCUUCAUCUUUCCGUUCCUUCAGAUGUCUGCUGGGUCCUACUGCUAUCUGGUGUUCUGUUCCGUGUGUCUGGCAGUGGCCAUCUACGUGUACUUUGUUAUUCCUGAAACUAAAAAUAAGACGUUUGUAGAGAUUAGUCAGAUGUUUGCUACUAAAGAGGCUGUGGAAGAGAGCCAGGCCCUCACUCACCCGGACCAGCUCAAACUGAAAAAGAUGAAUGGAUAUGGCUCACUUGAGAAUGGUUCGCUUGAAUUCGACAGCUCUUCUUCCUGUCCUUGAACUUAGAUGAAAAGCAAACAAUGCAUAUGAAAAGUUUAGGGGUUAGAUCAACUCCAGAAUCAUAUCGACUAUCAUCAAUGCAAUAAAAGCCUGACUGAAAGGCAUGGUUAAGCAGCUAGCGAAUAUUACUUUUGUGUGCAAUGGGCUCAGACUGCAAGAAGGACCAUUCCUGCUUAUAACAAAACCUGAGCUGAAAUUAGUUUUCAGAAUCGGAUCAGAAUCAGAUUUAGUUUUUUCAAUGAUGCUUAAGCACCCUGAGCUUUGUGAUACCUUGUGUGCAAGGACAGUGCCAUAUACAUGUAUUGCAACAUGUAUAUUGUUUUUGAGAACUUGUUUUGAAAUCACAAACUAGAUUAUUUAUCAUGUUCGUUAUGAAAUUUCUUAAUGUAUAUAGGCCUUAUACAUAUGUUUAUCGUUAUUUAUAACAUAAGAGUGUAUAUAUAUAUAUAUAUAUAUAUAUAUAUAUAAUAUAUAUAUAUAUAAUAGUUGACAGUGAUCUCUUGCACACAUUGUGAGCAUUAAAUGGCAUUGGAUCAUUUAGUAAUGCUCGGGUGCUAACAAACCACCUCAUCAGAGACUGCUGUAGUGACUUUAAAUACACUGAGAUCAAACUUGUGCAGGUAUUUUAUUUACAUAUAACUUUGUUUUAAUAAUGUUGUAUUUCAUUCACAGACAUUUUCAAUACUGCUACAGCUGUAAAUUUGUAUUAGUAUGUACACACUACCAUUCAAAAAUUUAAGGUCAGUAAGGUUUUUAUAAAGAAAUUAAUAUUUUUAUUCAGCAAGGAUGCAUUAAAUUAAUAAAAAGUGACAAUAAACACAUUUAUAAUGCUACAAAAGAUUUCUGUUUUAAAUAAAUUCUGUUCUUUUGAACUUUGCAUUCAUCAAAGUAUCCUGAAAAUAAUUAAUUACAGUUUCCACAAAAAUAACUGUUUUCAACAUUGAUAAUAAUAAGAAAGGUUACUUGAGCACCAAAUGAGCAUAUUAGAAUUAUUUCUGAAGGAUCAUGUGACACUGAAGACUGGAUUAAUGGCUGAAAAUUCAGAUUUGUCAAAACAUGAAAUAUUUAAAAUAUUAAAGUUAUGAAAACGUUACGACUUGAUGAAAAGAGACUUCUGUCAAAAACAUUAAACAAUCUUACAUAACCCAAACUUUUGAAGGGUAGUGUAUUAAGGUAAUAUAUAUUAAGGAUAUAUCCUUAUUUGGUCCCACUUUAUAUUAAGUGGCCUUAACUACUAUGUACUUACAUCAAAAAAUUUGUACAAUGUACUUAUUGGGUUCAUAUUGAAUUGCAAAACACUUGCUGCUAUUGAGGUGGGUUACGGGUAAGGUUAGGGAAAGCUUUGGUGGUAUGGGUAGGGGUAAGGUGUAAGGGAUGGGUCAACAGUGUAAUUAUAAAUGUAAUUACAGAAAUUAAUUACAGAUGUAAUUACAUGCAGGUGUUUUUAAAAUAGAAGUACAAUGUAAAAACAUGUAUGUACACAAUAAGUGCAUUGUAUCAAAUGAUUCAUUUAAAUAUAAGUACAUAGUAGUUAAGGCCACUUAAUAUAAAGUGGGACCACAUAUUUUAUCUUGUAUAUUAUCUAUAUUAUAUCUGAGUUUCAAUCAAAUUUAUAUGGAUAUAACUACAUUUGAUCUCACAUGUACUAAAAA